AUGAAUCCCCAUACUCAAGAAACUCCCUCCUCUGGAGCUUCAGGCUCGUCUAGAAACCAUGGAGCAACUUCAAGCGGUAAAAUUGAUCAGAGGAGUGAACGCAAAUCCGACCAUUCUGAUGAAGCCAGAUCUUUUAGUCGGCUUACCACAAAAAUUCAAAAGAGUUCCCGCUCGAAAUCGACUCUAGAUCAUAUGGGUACAGUUGAAAGACCCGAGCAAAAGCUCUCAGCCAAAGAUUAUGCGCUUUGCGAUACUCGAAACGAAAACGCCGAGUUGAAAUUUCAAAUAAAGAGGCUGGAAGAAGAGUUACAGAUACGCCAUGGCGAGAUCAAAUCUUUGCGUCAGGCGCUGGCAAGCCAAGAUGAGAACUCUACACGACAACAAGAAGAGCUCAUUGCGAGCAGAGAGAGUUAUGAAACUGAGAUUCAAACGUUGAGAGCCAAAGAACAAAGCUUACGAGACUUUGUUCUCGACAGUAACGGUGACCAAGUCGUAAGUGGCGACGACAUAAUCAGUCGAUUUGCAAGCCUCCGUCAGAAAAUCCAGAAGCUUGCUACAAGCAAAACGUACCGCUUAGGGCGGGAGAAUCUGGCUCUGUGGGUGAAAGAUGGUUCAAUCGAUGCUACCCUCUCAAAGUUAUGGGACAAGUCCCCACGUCCUAGCCGCCUGUUGAUUCUCCGGUCACUCUUAUUCCAGCUAUUGAACAACUAUAUACUUGGUUGUGAGACGUUCGACAUCAACGAUGCAAGUCUACAGGAGAUUAGUGAUCUGUCUAAUGCACUGGGUCGGUUCGAACGCACAAUUGUUAACCAAGGUGUUCCCGGUGAUGUGGUGGUUAACUGGAGGCUUUCUACGUUCAAGUGUAUCGAGAAGGCUCAGCUAAGCGGUAAAGACUUCGGCAGAGAUCUCCAAACGCAGAUGUAUGAAGGUUUCGCGCAUCUCAUGGCAGAAGACGCGGCAGAAACGGACAAGACGAAGCUGAAAGACGGCUAUCUAGAGCUGGUGAAGGAAGCUUGGAAUCUUCAGCUGCUCAUGCGCAAAAGCCGAGAUCAUUACCAAUGCUGGUCCGUCAAUAGACCCUCUCUCAAGAGCCUAGAGCCCUGGAACGAGGUGUUUGAGGAGAUAAGCGACGUUGGCACAGGUGAGGAUAUCGCCUUUACUCUCUUUGGAGCUCUCGUCAAACACUCCCGGAUUCUUGGAGAGGAACCAAAGGUCAUGGAGAAAGCUCAAAUUAUCGCGGUAACCAAGCAGGUCUAG